UCUUGGCAACACUGAAGGUCCGCCACGUUUCGCCAGGUCGUGUUAGUUGUGCACUGUUCAGUAUUUUUUUGACUUCGUUGAGUUUGAUCAGCACAUCAGGAUUCACAUAUUUUAAAAAUGAGUGCUCAAUCAGCACCCGCAUAUAAAAUUGGGAUAGUAAAACAGGUACUUUCAGGAGACACUGUUGUGAUAAGAAGACAGCCGCAAGGAGGGCCGCCGCCAGAGAAAGUCAUCACGCUCUCUGGCAUCACUGCGCCCAAACUAGCUCGGCAAAAAACUGCCAACAGUGAUGUGGAGACAAAAGAUGAGCCGUAUGCAUGGGAGGCUCGCGAAUAUUUGAGGAAAAGGUUGGUUGGUAAAGAAGUCAUCUUUACUGCUGAUAAACCACCUAACUCUGCAACGAGGGAGUAUGGAAGCGUUUGGUUUGGUAAAGACCCUUCUAAAGAUGAGAAUGUCACUGAGUGCCUCUUGGCCGAGGGGCUGGCCAAGGUCAGGGAAGGAGUGAGGAACAUACCGCAGCUCAAGAGGCUUGUUGAGAUUGAAGAAGUUGCUAAAUCUCAGGGCAAGGGCAUCUGGGGUCCAGACGCUCAGAAACACGUUCGUGAUAUCAAAUGGAGCGUUGAAAACCCGAAGGCGUUCGUGAACAAGUUCAACGGGCAGCCGGUGAGGGCCAUAAUCGAAUACGUUCGAGAUGGCUCCACCAUGCGCCUUUGUCUGCUGCCAGAGUUCAUUCCAAUCACUCUUAUGCUCUCUGGAAUAAGAUGUCCAGCUGUGAAACAAGAUGGUGUAUCAGAGCCCUACGCUGAUGAGGCUCGGUACUUCCUGGAGUCUAGACUCUUGCAGAAGGAGGUGGAAGUCAUUUUGGAGUCAGUGAACAACGUCAACUUCGUGGGCACCAUCUUGCACCCGCAAGGCAACAUUGCCGAGGCAUUGCUCAGACAAGGCUUUGCCAAAUGCGUUGACUGGUCUCUUGCCGUCAUGAAAACUGCAGGUGCAUCUUCGUUCAGACAAGCCGAACGUGCCGCAAAGGAUGCUAGGUUGCGUAUCUGGACCAACUACGUGAGCAACGCGCCGCAAAUCGCAGCCAAGGACAAGGAGUUCACCGCAACAGUGCUCGAGGUGAUCAACGGCGACGCACUCAUGGUGAAAUUGCCCAACAAUAAAUACAAGAAGAUAUUCUUGGCUAGUAUCAGGCCCCCGCGUGAAAAGAACAAUGGUGAUGAAGAGACCAAGAAUUCUCCAAGACCGAAAGGAUUCAAAGCACUUUAUGACAUUCCGUGGAUGUUUGAGGCCCGUGAAUACCUAAGGAAGAAACUAAUUGGCAAAAAGGUUAAUGUGAUUGUUGAUUACAUCCAACCAGCCAAGGACACUUUCCCUGAGAAGACAUGCUGCACAGUGAUCAGUGGUGGAACAAAUGUGGCUGAGGCAUUAGCAAGCAAUGGUCUUGCCUCUGUGGUCAGAUACAGGAAUGACGACGAUCAAAGAAGCUCCCACUAUGACAAACUAAUUGAGGCAGAAAUUAAAGCCCAGAAAGCAGGGCUUGGUAUUCACGCCAAGAAAGACAUUCCCGCUCACCGCAUACAAGAUACCAGUGGCGAUUCUGCAAAGGCUAGAAAGUUCUUCCCAUUCCUCAAGCGAGCUCAUAAAACAGAAGCUAUUGUCGAAUUUGUCGCCAGCGGAUCAAGAAUGCGCCUAUACAUCCCCAAGGAGUCUGUGCUUGUUACUUUCUUGUUAGCUGGCAUUAAUUGUCCAAGGGGUGCUCGACCAGCCAUUGGCGGCGGCGGUAUGCAAGAAGCGGAACCGUUCGGUGAAGAAGCUUUGUUCUUUACAAAGGAAAAGUGUUUACAACACGAUGUAGCUGUCACUAUUGAGGAAAUGGACAAAGCUGGAAACUUUAUUGGUUGGUUAUGGGUUGACAAUGAAAAUCUGUCAGUUUCUUUGGUCGAGCACGGACUUGCCACCAUGCAUCACACUGCUGAGACUUCAGAAUAUGCACGUGCGAUAAAAACGGCUGAAGAAAACGCUAACAAGAAACGUUUAGGAAUAUGGAGAGAAUACAUCGAAGAGGAUAAGGAGAAUGAGAGGGACAGGAACGCAACGAUCCAAGACCGCGUUGUGAACUACGAAAAAGUGCUUGUCACGGAAGUCACAUCUGAAGGACAUUUCUAUGCGCAGAAAGUUGACUUGGGUCCAAAAUUGGAAGCUUUAAUGGAAAGGAUCCAUCAAGAAUUCAAGAACAACACUCCUUUGCCAGGAUCAUAUGUUCCAAGAAGAGGGAACAUAUGCGCUGCUCGUUUCUCUGUCGACGAUCAGUGGUACAGAGCGAGGAUUGAAAAGAUCACAGAGGAUAAAAUGGUUCACGUGUUCUACAUUGAUUAUGGAAAUAGAGAGGUUGUCGACAUCACAAGAUUGGCCCCGUUACCACCUGGUACCGAAGCGGACGCCCCAUUCGCGGCCGAAUACGUGCUGUGCUGUGUCAAGUUUCCCACAGACCCUGAUGACAGAGCCGAGGCCGUCUCUGCGUUCUAUGCUGAUACCCUGGUUAAAAAGCUACUAAUGAACCUUGAGCAGCGCAGCACACCACCCGCAGUCACUCUCGUCGACCCGGUUGCCAACGUAGAUCUCGCCAAGAAUCUGAUCAAGGAAGGUCUAGUGCUGAUGGAGACAACGCGCGACUACAAGCUGCUGCCGCUGAUAGCGGAGUACCGUGCCGCCCAGGAUCUGGCCAAGAGCUCCCGCCUGAACCUGUGGCGGCACGGUGACAUCACCGAGGAUGAUGCGAUUGAGUUUGGUGUGCGUCGCUAGCGGGACCUUCAUGGCUAUGAUGCCACCGCGUCGCCCUCGCACGCAUUAAACUGUGCUACGUGCACCUCCCCCCAUGUUGAAACAAUUAUUUACACAGUUAUUUGCCAGUUUUUGUGAAGAGACAUAAUUCAAAGUUCACUGAAGUUGCCUUCGCAAUCGGUCACAAGCACUUGUUAAAAUUCAUCAUAAUCGUCUCAUUUGAAUGUUGUGAAUAUUUAUUUGUAUUGGACAAAAUUGGUGAGUAACAUUAACGCAUGAAGUGUUGGUCCGUUCGUCGUCCGUGCAGCAGGCUCGCGUGUGGUGCAACCGUAGCGGAGAGACUCCGUGUGCCCUACUACUCUCUUGUGGAAACCCUUCAUAUUUAGAUAACCCAUAUGUAAUAGCGUAUCUACAUAAGUUUUUGUGACUACAGACUUAAAAUAUCUAGUAAUAAAAUUUAUCAUUGCAGAUUGUUAGACAUAAUAUAUUGAAAUUUUUACAGUUUGUAUAUCUGAUAAGAUGUGUAGUUUUUAUAUUUCUUUGAUUCACUAUUCCAUUAUGUAACGAAAUAUGCAUAAUCUGUAUCUUAGUAAAUGUGAAAUAGUGAAUAAUAUAGUAUCUUUAACUUAUAUUCUCUUUUGCUCGUAGAUGUUUGUAUAUUUCGUAUUUCUUCAGUCGAUAUGUUUAUUAUACUCGUCAUUUUUAAUAUGAAAUUAUUACUAGACUUAAAAAUAUGCAUAUGAAGUCUGAACUUUUUAUAAAUUAUAUAAAUGGGUAUCUGCAUGCGUGUUUUUUAUCAAUUUCUAUACAUUUAAGUAGAGACGUCGUACUUACGAUUUUUAUUAUAUUUACCCACCUCUUUCCUGGAGAUGUUUAUGAAUUAAAUUUUGUUUACAUACAUUUGGUACCACAAGGUAUGUGGAUUGUUUAACAUGGACUAACUAAAUAAAUAUUUUAGGAAAGAGA